CUCGGAAAAAAUCAAAAUCAAAUCGUCACCCCUAAGUACAACACCGCCGGCAUUAGGGUUCCGAACAUUGAAAAGCUCUAGAACAGAGAACUUCCAUCUGUAUCCUCCUCUUCGGUCUCAGGAAAUGGCAAUGGCGGCAUACCUUUCUAGAAUCGCUAGGCUCUCUGCCUCCCAUCAAAACCCAGUACGAACCUUCUCCUCAUCCAUAACCCCUUUUUCAUCAUUUCGCGCUUUGAAAUCUGCUAUCAAAACAGAAGAAGACCCACUUAAGAUCGCCAAACUCUUCGAAUUAUCCAUUUCGAUACCCACAUUUAGACGCUUUCGACCUCUCUUUACCCUAUCCGUUCACAAGCUCUCUCGAUCCAAACGCUUCGACCUUAUCGACCGCAUACUCACCAACUCCAUCACCAGUUCCCCUCCUCCUCAGCUUGCUUCCGAAGGCUACUGGCUCCGGAUCGCGAUGUUAUACUCCCAGGUAGGAAUGGUUGACAAUGCACUCCAACUGUUCGACAAAAUGCUUCAACAACAGAACUGCACCCUCACUGAAAAAUCACUUUGUGGGAUUCUGUCUGUGAUGAUAGAUAACAAAAUUUACGAUGAUAAAUUGCAACAGACGUUCGAGGCUUUUGUAACCAAAACAGGUAUUUCCCCUGGUGUAAAAUCCUAUAAUUUGAUUUUAAAAGCCCAUUGUAAAGGAGGUCAUGUGGAUGAGGCUCAGGCAUUGAUUGAGAAGAUGGAAACCGAAAACAAUGUGCAUCCAAACAUUGAUUCCUACAACAUAUUGCUGGGAGGUUACUUGGAUAGCAAGAAAAAGAGUGCGUUUGAUAUGGUGGUGAAACAGAUCAACGAGAAAGGUUUGGAACAUAACUUGACCACUUACAAUCACAGAAUCUUGAGGUAUUGCAAGAACAAAGAGUGUGUUAGGGCAAAGAAGCUGUUGGAUGAAAUGAUAUCAAAAGGAGUUGAACCUAAUUCUUGUAGCUAUAAUACUAUUAUCUUUGGAUUUUGUAAGGUAGGAGAUUUGGAAUCUGCUAAAAAGCUUCUUGAACAAAUGGUUAGUGAUGGGUAUGUAAAGGCACCAUCGUUUGGUUAUUACACAUUAAUGAAGCAUAUGGUUGAUGAGGGAGAAUUUGAUGGGGGAUUGGAAAUAUGCAAAGAUAUCAUACAGAAGAAAUGGGUUCCUCCAUUUGAAGCCACUGGGCUUUUGGUCAAUGGAUUGGUCAAGAAUUCAAAAGCUGAUGAGGCAAAGGAAAUUGUAAUGAAGUUCAAGAAUCGGCUCAAUGGGCCUGCUUUACAAUCAUGGGGAAAGAUUGAAGCUACCCUUCCUAUAUAAACAAACUCAUGUUGUUUUCAGGAAGAAAGACAAAUUUCAUAGUUUAUUAUGGGAAACUAAAAGUUGUGAAUUGUGAUGGGGCAUGUCAGCAUGUGGAUGUGAUAUGUUCAAUUGCCCAUAUGGAUGCAACAUAGGACAGUUAACCGUUAAGUUAAGUGAUAAAAUAAAUUAUAGUUUGAGGAUACGUUUACUUGUAUGACAUGACCUAGAGAGCAAAUUGCUCAUGGUUUAUUGCCUAAAGUAGCAUAAACUCUUUCAGAAGUAUGUUAUUAACAGUUUUAAUA